CGUCCAGUAGUCAAUCGUCUAAUUCACCUGCCCUGUUCCUUGCAUACCACGCGAGAGAUCGAUCAGAGUCCCAUGGAGACGCCGGUGGCCUGCGAGAUCGAGCGCCUGCCUGAGGACCUGCUGGUGCACGUGAUCUCCCUCACGUCACCAGCGGACGCCUUCCGAGCCUCCGCCGUCUCCCGGGCCUUCCACGCCGCCGCCGAAUCCGAGACCGUUUGGUCCCGCUUCCUGCCGUCCGACCUGCCGCGGUUCGCCAAGAAUGAGCUCACCCGCAAGCCGCCGUCGACCAAGAAGGGGCUGUUCAGGCGCCUCUCCGACGAGCCCGUGCUUCUGCCACACAAAUUUGUGCGAAUGCAGCUGGACAAGGCUACAGGCACCAAGUGCUUCACGCUCUCGGCGAGCGCGCUGGAGAUUAAGCACUUCUCCCAUGCACGGAACUGGAUCCCUGUGGGUUCAGAUUUCGACAACAGCAAAAGAGGCAAAAGGUUCGACCAGUUCCCUAGUACUCCCUCUCUCAAAGUUUAUUAG